AUGCCUGCGGAGACACCGUACACACGUCUCAAGGAGGCGCUCGUCGAACGCCUCACGCUUUCCCGGGACUCACGACUCCAGCAGCUGCUCGACCGAGAGGUAUUAGGUGACAGGAAGCCCUCGCAAUUCCUGCGUCAUCUUAGGAGUCUCGACGAUACGGUUCCUGACAACAUUUUACGCAUCAAGUGGCUCAGCCGACUGCCGAUGACGACGCAGUCCAUCCUGGCGUCACAAGCGGACAUGGCUCUCGACAGGCUUGCAACACUCGCCGACAAACUGCACGAGAUCGCAUUUCCGAUAGCCCACAUCAAUGACGUCCAGGAGCCAACAUCCUCAGCCCUCGAGACACGCUUUUCUCGUCUCGAAGCCACAAUCUGCGAGCGCAUCGGCCCUAAAAGGGCAAAGCAUCGCACCUUCUCGCUCCCGCUCUCGAUCCCAUUCUCGAGCAACCUCGCCAGCACCCUACAACAACCAGUGCUGGUAUCAUCGAAGAUACCACGACAGGGCUAG